AUGUAUUUUAUUCUUAUCAAAAAAACUUCAUAUCUGGAUAUACCAAUUAGUAUUUAUACUCCAGUUAAUACCAACAAAGAUAAACUAGUGAUUUACUUUCAUGGUGGAGGUUGGACAAUGUGUAAUCGAAAGACACAUCAAACUAUUGUUAAUCUUCUUGCAGAUGCUACAAAGACUAUUUGGAUUUCAGUAGAAUAUCGUCAAGGUCCUGAAUAUAAAUAUCCAAUUUGGCUUAAUGAUGCAUGUGAUGUAACUCAAUAUAUAAUCGAAAAUAAAGAAUCCUAUGGUGUUGAUCGAACAGCUAAGAUUGGUAUAGCAGGUGAUAGUGCUGGAGCUAUGAUUAGUACAUCUGUUUGUCAAACAGUGAAAAAUAUCGAUUUUCAGAUUCUUGUCUAUGGUUUGUAUGAUUUUACUUGUUCAGCACCCUCUUACAAGGAAUUUACUGAUCCACAGUAUUUUUCCAUACCUGGAUUGCUUGAUUGGUGCAUCCAAAAUGGAUUUGGUGAUGGAGUUGAUAUGAACGAUCCUCGAAUAUCCGUGUUUCGCAAUACAUCACUUGAGCAGUUACCACCAACUUUAUUUAUUAUUGCUGAACUCGAUCCACUUCGAGAUGAUAGUUAUACAUAUAAGGAAAUUCUCGAUAAAGUUGGUGUAAAGAAUACGCUUGUACUUGUCAAAGGUGCUCUUCAUGGAUUUUUUGCUUUACCCGGAAUCUAUCCAAAAACAGUAGCACAAGCUAUCGAUGCUAUUCAAGAAUUUAUGGCAUCUAUAUAA